CGGGACGCCCAGAGCCGCCGCAGCUCCGCUCCGCUCCGCCAUGCCCCGAUGUCCCAGUUGCUGCUGAGGUCCCCCGGGACGUCCCCGUCGGGUGGAAACGUGGCUCUGCCGCCGGCACGGACGGACAUGAGGACGGCGGAGGACUCGAACGGGACGGUGCUGCACCGGCUGAUCCAGGAGCAGCUGCGCUAUGGGAACCUCACGGAGAACCGCACGCUGCUGGCCAUCCAGCAGCAGGCCCUGCGCGGCGGCGGGGCCGGGAGCCCCCGCUCCUCCCUGGAGAGCCUCAGCCCCGAGGAGAGCCAGAUGGUGCAGCAAUCCACGCGGCAGGAGCCGCAGGGCCAGGAGCACCACUCCGACCACGUCUACUUGGAGAACAGCGUCUAUCGGCUCUGCCCGCCCAAGGGCGAGGAGCUCCCCACCUACGAGGAGGCCAAGGCGCAUUCCCAGUUCUACGCCUCGCAGCGGGGAGCGGCCGGCGCCGGGAUUCGGGGGGAGAACCCCCCGCGCGGGGCCGAGAGCGGGGCCCGGCGCCCCGAUGAGGGGCUGAAGGACCUGAAGCACGGCCACGUGCGGUCGCUGAGCGAGCGGCUCAUGCGGAUGUCGCUGGAGCGCAACGGGGCCAAGUCGCAGAGCCCCAUCAGCGCUUCCCACAGCUUCCCGCAGCUCUCCCGGCACCACCAGCUCGGCGCCCUGCGCGGGCAGCACCCCGAGGGCACGGAGCCGCGGGGACCCCCCCCGGAGUAUCCCUACGUCAUCCCUUCUCAGGACGCUUACCUGGCCGAGCCCCGCCCCUGCUCCCGGGAAGGUCCUGGAUUCCAGCAUCCCGAAAUCAGGGUGCUGCCCACCCCGGUCCCAGCCGCGUUCCUGCCGCUGUGCCCGGGCGCGCUGGGUCCGGCGGGCGUGGAGGCCCUGGUGAGCGCCCAGGCGGUGUCGGCCGGGAGCCGCCUGGCCCGGGCAGACGCGGUGCUGCGGGAGAACGAGAGGCUGCAGCGGGAGAGCGAGAAGCUGCGGCGGGAGCUGGAGAGCUGUGCCGAGAAGGCGAGCCGCAUCCAGAAGCUGGAGAGUGAGAUCCAACGCAUCUCGGAGGAUUAUGAAAACCUCGUGAAGGCAUCUUCCAAGCGGGAAGCCUUGGAGAAAGCCAUGAGGAACAAGAGAGACAGCGAGAUGCGGCGGCUCCAGGACUUCAACCGGGACCUGAAAGAGCGAUUGGAAUCAGCGAACAAGCAGCUGGCCAGCAAGGCCCAGGAAAGCCAGGAGAGCAACCAGGGCAGUGUGGCCAAACUCCUGGCACAGAGCUACGAGCACCAGCAGGAGAAGGAGAAGCUGGAGCGGGAGGUGUCCCUGCUGCGCAGUGCCAACGAGGACCAGCGGCGGCGGGCAGAGCUGCUGGAGCAGGCGCUGGGCAGUGCCCAGGCGCGGGCGGCCAAGGCCGAGGCCGAGCUCCGGAAGAAACGAGCCUACGUGGAGAAGGUGGAGCGGCUGCAGGCAGCCCUGGGGCAGCUCCAGGCCGCCUGUGAGAAGCGGGAGCAGCUGGAGCUGCGGCUCCGCACCCGCCUGGAGCAGGAGCUGAAGAUGCUGCGGGCUCAGCAGAGGCAGGCUGGCGCCACGGGCGGGGGGACGCCGGAGCUGAGCGCCCACAUGCUGUCAGAGCAGCUGAGGGAGAAGGAGGAGAAGAUCCUGGCACUGGAGGCCGACAUGACCAAGUGGGAGCAGAAGUACCUGGAGGAGUGCACCAUGAGGCAGUUCGCCAUGGACGCCGCGGCCACGGCGGCCGCCCAGCGGGACACCACCCUCAUCAGCCACUCCCCGCGGCAUUCCCCCAACAGCAGCUUCAACGAGGACCUUCUCCUGGCCAGCCACAAGCACCAGGAGAUGGAGAACAGGUUAAAAGCCCUCCAUGCCCAAAUUCUGGAGAAGGAUGCUGUUAUCAAGGUCCUGCAGCAGCGCUCGCGGAGGGACCCCAGCAAAGCCCUGCAGGGCUCCCUGCGGCCGGCCAAAUCCGUGCCCUCCAUCUUUGCCGCCUCGGCCGCCCCGAGCUGGCCGGGGGCUGGCCAGAGCGACCGCUCCGCCGAGGGCAGCUCCCGGGGCAGCACAGCAGGCAAAGCCAGUGCCGAAGGAGCAGGAGCUCCUGCUGCCCUUCCCUUGCCCUCCCACUCCAAGCAUGGCAGCAAGGAUGGCAGCACACAGACAGACGGGGCUGGGAGCAGCAGCCAGGGCGAGGGCACCGGAGUGCUGGAGAGCUCAGCCGCUGCCAGAGCCCCGGAUCUGUCUGACAUGGUGGAAAUCCUGAUUUAAGGCCCCUCUGCCCUUCCUGCUGGCACCUCGGGAUGGAGAAGCCUGUGGGAAGGGGAGGCCGAGCCUGGAGCUCAGCAGUGUCCCCGCGGCCCAUCCCGGCAGUGACCCCCGUGCGUGGGAGGGUCCCUGUCCCCCCUCGGUGCCCACACGGGUCCCCGGCUGCGCGGGGCGUGCUGGACCCCGGGGAUCCCGCGGUGGCAGCUUAAAAUACACCUCGUCAGCUCCCUCCCCAUCCCGGCUCCAUCCGCAUCCCAGCUCCCACCUCUGGGUCUUGGCCAUCUGCACCCACCCAGGAGCUUGGCCUCUGACAGGAAAAUCCCUCCCUGUUCGCCCGAACUGUUCCCACAAGCCGAUGUCUCCGCACGAAGGCAGAGCCAGGAGAGGGGAUCCUUGUCCUCCCUGGGUCCCAUCGACCACCCGGAUCCACGCGGCCAAGCCAAGAGCCAGGAGCUGCAAACUUCCAUCACCUGCAUCCUGCCUCUGGGGUUCGUGACAGGGUGACUGAAACAAAACACGAUCAUGGAGGGAAAGAAAGGUGGAGAAGGAAGCAGAGGUGCAGGGCUCCGUGGGAAGCGAGGAUGCUGAAGGAGGCAGGGGGAUGUGCCACCCCUCUCCUGCCUGCAUCCCCUGGCUACUGGCAGCUGGCUUUGCCCGUAGCCAGCACCGACAUCCAGCUCCUUAGAGCCUCCCAUCCUUGCCCUUCAUGUAUAUAUAUAUAUUUUUCUCUAUUUCUUCCUCCUUUCAACGUGUGCAUUUGCUGGCCAACUGCAUUUUUUAUUUUUCUCUCCCCAGACACGUAAAAAAUGCGUUCGGUUCUUGUGCAUUGUUUACAAAGUGGAAAAGAAACAAAAAGUUAUGAAAGAGGAGAAAAAAAAAAAAACCAAGCCCCCACAACUUAAUAUAUUUUAUAUUAAUAUUGGUAUUUCUUUUUAAGUAUUUUUUUCGUGCUGUGAACUUUUUUUCCUGCCAAAGACGACAAGUUCUCGUUUGUGCGUUUUAAGUUAUCUUUAAGUAUUUAAACGUAAACCUGGCUGUUUCGUUACGCCGCCCUAUACCGAGAUUGCUGUAGCAUUCCACUUGGUAUAAUGAUAUUUUAAUAAAAAAACCCAAAUAUUGA